CCAGGCUGAGGUUCUCAACUACAGCCAGCUCCUCCCUGUGUCCCCCGGCCUUCCCUGCUGCAUACUCCCCUGGACCCAGAGGAAAGCAGAUGAUGUCCUCAGACAUGGAGACUGAAAACGUCAGUGAGGUGGCCCCUGAGGCCCCACAACCCACCCACAUUAACGUUCACAUCACCCAGGAGUCUGUCCUGGCCAAACUCCUGCUGGCCGGAUGGUCAGCACUACAACUCCCAGCAUCUGCCUCGUCCAGGGGUCUAGACAGCAGCAGGUUUCUGGUGACCUCCUGGGUGGUACAGAUUGUGCUGGGGCUUCUGAGUGUGGUUCUGGGUGGAAUCCUCUGCAUCUGCCAGUAUUUAGCCAUGAAUACCUCAGGAGCGCCCUUCUGGACCGGGAUCGUGGCUAUGCUGGCUGGAGCUGUUGCCUUCCUUCACAAGAAACGUGGGGGUGCCUGCUGGGCCCUGUUGAGGACACUUCUUGUGCUGGCAAAUUUCUGCAUGGCUGUGGCUGCCAUUGUUCUUGGAGCUAGUGAGUUCCACAUUUACCGAUACUAUCUCAGAGAUAAUGUCUGUGCAACCCGCCCUUCAGAUUUCCGGCCCCCCCGGUCCCCCAGCACCCCAUCUCCAGAGGAAACUGAUAGGAUAAGCCUGUGCAUAUUCUACGUAAGCAUGCUAAAGCCCCUGCUCAUAAGUCUCCAGGCAAUGCUCUUGGGUGUCUGGGUGCUGCUGCUCCUGGCUUCUCUCAUCCCUGUGUGUGUUUACCUCUGGAAAAGAUUCUUCACAAAGGCGAAAACAGACGAGAAGAAACUGCUGGGUGCAAAUGUGAUCUAGCCCUGCCUCUCCCUUGCUCUGGACCUCCCUCCUUCUGAAGCCUGAAAGAAGAGUUGGACAAGAGCAAAUAGACCCUACCCCACCGACAGGGCAUGGCUCCUGCCUGGCUCCACCCAGCUUUGCUGUUGCUCACAGCAGCCCUCGCUCAUUUCUCUCCACCUUCACCAUCCCAUGUUCCUUCUCAGGCAGUGACUUGAUAAUAAAGUCUCACGGCAUUGGCUG